AAAAGUGUGCUAUUUACGAAAACGCUCAACGACUAUGACAGAGAAGGAAACCUUUAUGGCUGUAUUGGGAACAUUCUACAUCUUCUCGGAAGCCACGAAGAAGCCAUUGGUUUCCAUUUAUGGCGAUUGGAUCUGGCUCGUCAAUUAGGCGACGGCGAAGGGGAGUACCGAGCAUUGCAGAACAUUGGUAACGAGUAUGUCAGUUUGUCACGAUUCGGAGAAGCAGUAAGGAGAUACAAUGAAGCGAAGUUGGUGGCGGUUCGGAUGAAUGACGUUCAACGGAAGCAACGUUGCCAAGAACUCAUCGAACAAUUUUCUGAAAUGGCCUCAAAAAAGAGGAGAGCGACUGGGCGCUCAUAA